GGCCAAGAGUGUUCAACAAUGCCCGACCGGAGCACCGCUUAAGAGGUAUUGUUUCUCAGCAUCUAUCUGAACCCCAGAAGUCAACGAGUUACCUUUCCAAAAACCGAAAUAUCUCAUUGUCCACUUGUUGUCAAACUGUGACAAAUAUGCCUGCAAGUGAUUGUCUUCAGCCACCCCUCACCCCGGCGGAGCGAGCUAUCGUCAAGAGCUAUGGCGGCUGGACUUUUUUCCUGGCUAACUAUGGAUUGAAACCUUGGAAUACGGACGACGCCAAAGAAGGAAAGCAGAUAUUAGAAGGCUUGGUUGCUACGCAGCAGGAUGACGAAGAAGAAUAGCCUUAACCAGGGUACCUCGGUUGCGUAAGUAUCUGCUGGCUAUCGGAGUGUUGAAUUAAACUGACAAUGAUACAUGGUAAUAGGUUAAUGGCUUUCACGAUAUGGUUACUAGAAACGUAUGAUGGGAUAUCCUCACAGUGGCAGAGGCUUAUGGGCUGGGCUAGUACCUUUUAACUAAAGAAUAAGUCCAAUUAUUUUCUUAAGACAAAUUCACUACCGGAGCAGCAAAUAUCCAAAGAGGAGUAGUGCCUGUCUAAGGCAGGAAGUAAAGUGGAUAGUUAGUAGUUAGUGUAAGUAGAGCGUUGGAGACCAGACACUAAGUAAACGGCCAAGUGCUGAUCGAAGCUUAGACGGAUGUAAGUACCUAGGUACCUACCUACAUCUUAGCAUCUCCAGUGGCGCUGGCUUGCUUCCAGAUCUUGAUAUUUCUAUACCCUUGAGUCGUUUGAGUCGUAUCAUGA